AGUGAGUCCAUCGUAAAAUACGAAAUAAAAUUGGUUGGGAAGUUCCCUCUCGCUGUUGGUCUUAGUCUUGGGCGAUUUAUGUCACGCGGACACUGAACCAAAGCAAAACCAUUUCAUCGUUGGAUAAUUUUAUAUAAAUCAUUGUUAUACAUUAAGUUAAAUUUAAUUGAACGCAUACGAACAGAAGCAGACAAGCAAAAACUGUCCACCUUCCAUCUCUUUCGUUCCUCUGAGGAAACGCUGUCUGGCAUGGCGUUCGGGUCUUCCGAGGAUGUCUCCGCUAUCAAAUUAUUGCUCCUUCUGGCGGUCAUGUACGGACUUCUGUCGGCGCUGACCUACUCCGUUGUCCACUUGAAGUUCGUGAAUCCUCUCGGGAACGACGCGCCGCUCGAUCGAUUCUCUGAAGGAAGAACUAUACAACAUGUUCGAAUGUUGUCCCAAGAGAUCGACGGUCGUCAAGAAGGGCGUCCUGGUUUAAAAAAGGCAGCAGAAUAUAUUAAGGGUCAGUUGGAAGUACUAAAGGAGCGAGCUAGCUCCAAUGUCAGAAUUGAGAUUGAGGAGACUACUGUAAGUGGUUCCUUCAAUAUGUUGUUUUUGGGACACAACAUAGCCCUUGGAUACAGAAAUCAUACUAAUAUUAUUAUGAGGAUGUCAUCUAUGGCUUCAAAAGAGACUGAUCCAUCAGUUUUAGUGAAUGGACAUUUUGAUAGUCCCCUUGGUUCCCCUGGUGCUGGUGACUGUGGUUCAUGUGUUGCAUCUAUGCUGGAAAUUGCAAGACUAAUAGUCGACUCUGGUUGGGUUCCCCACCGCCCAGUUAUUUUCCUUUUUAAUGGUGCUGAGGAACUUUUUAUGUUGGGUUCACAUGGGUUCAUGAAGACACAUAAGUGGCGUGACACAAUAGGAGCUUUUAUAAAUGUGGAGGCAUCAGGGACUGGAGGGCCUGAUUUAGUUUGCCAAUCUGGACCAAGUUCUUGGCCUUCUAAUGUCUACGCAGAAGCAGCAAUAUACCCUAUGGCUAAUAGUGCAGCUGCGGAUGUUUUCCCUGUUAUUCCUGGAGAUACUGAUUACCGGAUAUUUUCCCAAGACUAUGGGAAUAUUCCUGGGCUUGACAUUAUAUUUCUCCUUGGUGGAUACUUUUACCAUACCUCAUCUGAUACAGUAGAGAGACUGUUGCCUGGAAGCAUCCAAGCACGUGGAGAAAAUUUGUUUAGCAUAAUCAAGACAUUUACUAAUUCUUCUAAGCUACAAAACACCUAUCAGACAAAUUACAGUGAAGUUACCACGAGCAUAUUCAAUGAUGAGCGGGCUGUAUUCUUUGAUUAUUUCUCAUGGUUUAUGAUAUUUUAUUCCAGAAGAGUGGCUAAAAUUCUUCAUAGUAUUCCUAUCUUCUUCCUUGUUUUUCCCUUUACACAUGGUAGAUCACAUUCUUGGUCAGCAGCCUUGUGUGAUUUUAUAAAAGGUAUUUUUAUCCACACAUUUGGAAUUAUAUUGGCAGUUGUUGUUCCUGUUGUGUUUUCUAUCUUGAGAUUACUGUUGUCUUCUCAGACAAUGAAUUGGUUUGCUAAUCCAUACUUGGCUUUCCUGAUGUUUGUACCCUGUGCACUUACUGGGCUUUUAAUUCCAAGAAUUAUCUGGAGACGCUUUCCACUUUCUCAAGACGUUUCAAUUGUCAAGGCAUCUGAACAGGCACUAUCUGAUGAAGCAAGCUUCUGGGGAGGAUUUGGAUUCUAUGCCAUAUUAACUAUGGCUUAUCUUGUAGCUGGGCUGAGUGGAGGUUUUGUGACAUUUUUUGUGUGCGCUUCCAUGCUUCCUGCGUGGUUAUUUUUUUGCCUGUCAGUCAAAUUCUUUGGACAAAGGUCACUCAGGUCUACAAUGUUUUACAUAUUACCUCUAGUUCCAUGCCUUGCAUAUUCUGUUUAUUUUGGUGGCUUUCUUGUCCAGUUUCUGAUAGAGAAGAUGGGAAUGAUGGGUUCUCUUCCUCUACCAUAUGGGCACUAUGUUCCUGAUAUUAUUGUGGCUGCAUUAAUUGGAAUUGUGACUGGUUGGUGCACAGGCCCUCUAAUGCCCAUAUGUGGGCAUUGGUUAGCCAGGUCAUCCAUCUUGCAAUUUCUGCUUCAUCUUAGUGUGUUUGGUUUAGCUUUAUCAUCUCAGUUUUUUCCUUACACCACGUCUGCACCUAAGAGGAUUGUUUUUCAGCAUACUUUCCACACUGCAGGCUCUAGUCAGAUUCUGGAAUCCACUUAUGAUUUUUCUGUAACUGAUUCCAAUUCUUUACUUUUCCUUUUCAAACACUCACCUGAAGUGGCAAAGGAAUUGAAUGUUACUUCAGAGUUUUCAUUUGAAUCUGCAUCAUUUUCUAAACGCAAUGAUUGGAUGGCAAUUUUUCCAGUUUCUUUUCUCUUUUCAAACAGUCUGAAGUUCCCUGCACAAAAAGAUGAUAUUUUGAAACAGUAUGAGUACUUUCCAGAAUUGUCUAUUCAAAAUUCAUCAUUAAAUUCUGUAAAAGGACCGAGAAGAGUUCACUUGGAGCUUUCUUUAGGCUCCUUGCAAGAGGUCUGGGUUGCGGUUCUCAACAUAACUGGUCCUUUAUCAAGUUGGUCAUUUGCAGAUAAUCUGCUUCCAGGAACUGAAAUCUUUGGUGGUGGUCCACAAUCAUAUAUAUGUCGUCUUAGUGGUCCUAGUGAUGGGAAUUGGACCUUCUGGUUAGAGGCUAAUAGCUCUGAAGCAUUAAGAGUCGACGUUGCAGUUUUAGACCAAAAGUUGGUUGAUCCAAUGAAGAGAUUGAAGGAUCUUUUCCCUGACUGGGUUGAUGUUACGGCCUAUUCAAGUUUUAUGUCUAGCUAUAUCUUAUAAUUCUUAAUAAACAAGUCUUGUAAGGACAAUUUAUUUGUUUUAAUACCGCAUUUGUAUAGACUAGUCAUAGAAAUUGAUAUAAGAACUGAUCAUUUAGUAUGCUAA